AUGUCUCACAAGCAAACACCCCGUGAUUUCCUCAAGCUGAUCAUUGGCAGACCUGUUGUGGUCAAAUUGAAUUCCGGGGCAGAUUAUAGAGGAGUGCUAAUCUCACUUGAUGGUUACAUGAACGUGGUGCUAGAACAGACCGAGGAGUAUGUGGAUGGCCAGCUGAAGAACAAAUACGGUGAUACAUCCUAUGAAAUCCGAUCCUCAUGGAUUUCGACAACUUCUACGUGUGAAUAG